GCCUAAGGACUGUCUCCGUUCUAUUAUGAAGCGAGUGAACCAUAAAGAUCCCCACGUUGCUAUGCAAGCAUUAACACUUCUAGGAGCAUGUGUCUCAAACUGUGGUAAAAUCUUUCAUUUAGAAGUCUGUUCAAGAGAUUUUGCCAGUGAAGUAAGCAAUGUGUUGAAUAAGGGUCAUCCAAAAGUUUGUGAAAAGCUGAAAGCCCUUAUGGUGGAAUGGACUGAUGAAUUCAAGAAUGACCCACAGCUUAGUUUAAUAUCUGCUAUGAUAAAAAAUCUUAAGGAGCAAGGAGUUACUUUCCCAGCUAUAGGUUCACAGGCUGCUGAACAGGCAAAAGCAAGUCCAGCUCUAGUUGCCAAAGAUCCUGGUACAGUAGCCAACAAAAAGGAAGAGGAGGAUUUAGCUAAAGCUAUUGAACUCUCACUAAAAGAACAAAGGCAACAGCAAACAACACUUUCCAGUUUGUAUCCGAGCACCUCAAGCCUUUUAACAAAUCACAAACACGAAGGCCGAAAGGUUCGUGCAAUCUAUGAUUUUGAGGCUGCUGAAGACAACGAAUUAACUUUUAAAGCUGGAGAACUUAUAACUAUCCUUGAUGACAGCGAUCCAAAUUGGUGGAAAGGGGAAACCCAUCAGGGUAUAGGAUUAUUUCCAUCUAAUUUUGUAACAGCCGAUCUUUCUGCUGAGCCAGAAAUGAUGAAAACUGAGAAGAAAACAGUACAAUUCAGUGAUGAAGUUCAAGUAGAGACAAUAGAACCAGAGCCUGAACCCGUUUAUAUUGAUGAAGAUAAAAUGGAUCAACUCUUGCAGAUGUUGCAGAGUGCGGAUCCAUCUGAUGACCAGCCGGACCUCCCGGAAUUGCUUCAUCUUGAGGCAAUGUGCCACCAGAUGGGACCUCUCAUAGACGAAAAGUUGGAAGAUAUAGACAGGAAACAUUCAGAACUUUCAGAGCUCAAUGUUAAAGCCAUGGAGGCUCUUUCCUUGUAUAACAAACUGAUGAAUGAAGACCCCAUGUAUUCCAUGUAUGCAAAACUACAAAACCAACAGUAUUAUAUGCAGUCAUCUGGUGUUUCUGGCUCACAGGUUUAUCCGGGGCAAGCUCAGAGUAAUGCGUAUUUGGUGGCAGGGAGUGCACAGAUGGGCCAUAUUCAAGGCUACAAUCUUCCUCCUGAACAGCUCCCUUCCCUCAGCCAAGGCACAGUUACUCCAUCUGCCAGCUCAGUACUGCCUGGUCAGCCUGCACAGGCGUCUUACACAAAUGCAAUGGUUGGCUCUGUUGCUGGAAAUACUUACUCUAACCAGGCUUCAGUGUAUAGUCCACCACCUGCCGCUGUUGAUGUUGCUGCUUAUCAGAAUGCUGGAACUAGUAUGUCGCAGGUGCCAAACUAUAACUUAGCAUCUACGCCACUGCCACAGGCAGCAGGCAGUCAACAAGCACCUCCACAACAACCACAGCCUCCGCCACCUCAACAACCACAGCAUAGUUACUCACAGAAGGCUCUGCUAUAGGAUCCAGGACUUGUGAUUCCUAAUCUUCUUUAACCUCUGCUAAAGGCAGUUGGCAGUUCUAUGAGUUUCUUACUUUAAUAUCUUAAACUUGGUUUAUCCUCAGCUUAAUAAGAAUCUAUCUUGGUGAACAAGUUCAAUUUGCACUGACUUUUUAGGAUUUUUUUUUUUUAAUUUUGCAGAGGAACAGAUAUAUUUAGGACAUUUAAUUCCUUUUAAAAUGCCUAAAAAUUGGUACAAGAUUAUUUAUGUCUGGUAGAAUUGGCUAGUCUGUGAAAGCUCAACACUUGCAAACUGUUGUGGCAUAUAUGUUAUGUACAUAUAGUGUGUGAUUGCAGUAGUGGCCAUUUCGUAUAGCUAUGGUGAUCAUGUGAAUAUAUUUAACACAGUGUUUAAAAAUUAAUUUACUUUACUAUUUUAUUUUAAUCAUGAACUGACAACCAUGUUUCAUAGUUUUGUCUAGUUUUAUGACAGAUGCGAUGGCUUCUUCCAGUGCAGGAAAAGCGGUAAUUCUGCAUAUCAUGGUUACACUUACAAGCUACGGUCUAUAUAUGAAUUUACAAACUUAUCUGAGUCUAGGUUUCAUUACUUCUUGAACUGAACACAAGUGUGUCAUGACUAUUAGAUGGCUUAUCUACCAAAG